AGUAUUCAAAUUACUGUAAGAGCACGUUGUUUUGUAAUAUUUACAUCACCUUUUACUACAAUGAUUUGCGAAGAUGAAGUUGAAACUGGUUGUACUCCAGCAAAACGGUUAAAGAGUAGCGAAUUAAAAGACGAAGAAAGCGAUGUAACAAUAUUAGCAAGUCUAAAACCUGACAAUCAACCGCGCCAUUCAAAAUUAAGAGAAGAAGAUAUGGGUAUUGUCAAAUAUAUAUCAAAUCUUCCAGGAUUUCAUGCUGUUAUUAAACAAAGAUAUUCAGAUUUUACUGUUCAUGAGAUAGAUCAAUCCGGUAAUAUAGUUGAAUUAAAGUCACUACAAGUUCCAGACUAUGGCCAAACAGUUAAUGUUGAAAAUUUACAAAAUGUUCUACCCGAUUCAAUUAAAGAACAACUGAAUAAAAUAGAAGAUAAUUCUGAAACUGUAUUCGAAAUACCCGUAGAUGAGCUAUCAAAGGACGAAAGGAGAAAUUAUCAUCAAGCAAUAAAGAGCCUGUAUCCAUCACUAUGUUCAAAUACAGAUGAAGCCGAUAAUGGAAAGAAAAUAAUUCGUGUAAAGAGAGAUAAAGGAGGUAAAGAGGCUAGAUCAAGAAAUCUUAAAUGGCCUCAUCCUAAAGCAAAAUAUGUUCGAUUUACAUUAUAUAAAGAGAAUAAGGGAACUAUAGAUGCUAUUUCGUUACUUUGCAAUUUUCUACGAUGUAGAUCAAAUGUUUUCUCUUUUGCUGGUACUAAGGAUAAAAGAGCGAGAACGUCACAGAGUGUUACUGCUUUUAAAGUUCUACCUCAUAAAUUAGCAGCCCUAAAUUCAAGACUAAGGAAUAUGGCUAUAGGAGAUUUUGAAUUCGUUGAAAAAGAAUUAAAAUUGGGAGAUUUAAGUGGUAAUCGAUUUACACUUGUGUUACGGUCAGUUAGAGGAGAUCCUGAUAUAAUAAAUGAAUCAAUAUUGUCUUUGAAACGUAAUGGGUUCAUUAAUUACUUUGGUAUGCAGAGAUUUGGUACAACGGAUAUCUCUACAUACACAAUUGGAAAGUCUAUACUAUUAGGGAAUUUUAAAGAAGCCAUUGAUUUACUUUUGACUCCACAAAAAUGUGACAACGACGAAGUUCGACGUGCCAAGGAAUCGUGGCAAAAAAAUAGAGAUGCUAAAGCCGCCUUACAAGAACUAAAGGAUGGAAAGUAUAGAAUUAGUGUUGAAUAUAAACUACUCACUGGGUUGAUGCAACGACCGAAAAAUGAUCUCGUUGGGGCUUUAUCAUUUCUAUCUGAUACAAAUCGUCUGCUCUAUGUACAUUCGUAUCAAAGUAGACUAUGGAAUAGGAUUGUAUCUAAAAGGGUAGAAAAGUUUGGAUUUGCAGUUCAUGUCGGAGAUUUAAUAAAGGAUAAAGACGGAGAUAUUAAAUCAAUCACUGUAGAAAAUGUCUUGGACUAUUCAAUAGAAGAUGUAGUUCUACCAUUACCUGGAUAUGAUAUUGUUUUACCUGAAAAUGAAACAUCCCAAUGGUAUAGUGAAAUGCUGGCGGAAGACGGAUUAUCGCUACCGGCCUUGAAGCACACGGUAAAAUCCUAUUCGCUAUCUGGAAGUUAUAGAUCCGUGGUUGUUAAACCGAGAUCGAUUUCUUGGAAGUUCUUACAAUAUAAAGACGUAACACAAGCCUUAGUUCCUUCAGAUCUGGAUAAAUUAAAUGGUAUUUCAGAGAGUUCUAAGGAAGAAUCGAGUGAUAGUAAAGAACAAACUGCAUUACUAUUGACUUUAACUCUCCCGACUUCAGCUUACGCAACUAUGGCCUUAAGAGAAAUCUUAAAAUGUGAUACAUCAAUUGCUGUACAAGCAUCGAUGAAUGAAUAA